AUGAAGCCCUCAUACGUGUGCCUCCUCGCUCUGGUUGCUUUCUUCAACCCAGUGGCAACAUUAGUGAUCCCGACAAACAGCACCAAUCACGUUCAAGUCAAUACCACUGCCGCGACUUGCUUUUUAUCCUCCUCCUCGUCCUCCUUCAUUUCCUCCAACGCCGACGAUAAGCAAAAUAUCGAACAAGCUCCACCAGGUCAUUCCCGCAUCAAACGACAUGGUCAAUGUGCACAAAAGAAUAAGGAAAAGGUCAAGCCCCGACCUUGUAGGCACCCUGGGACCGGUUCAUGUAUCACGCAAAAGGAAGUUGAUCAGGGAUGGCAUGAUAAAGCUGGAUGUUUUAGCGAAACCUAUUGGUUUGCGGGCUGGUGGCCCUCGCAUUGUUGGGAUGCAGGUGAUGAUUGUGUCAAGGACGAUUGCAGAUAUUAA